GUCACACGCUAAUAAUCUUUCUUUAUGAGUGCACUGAUGCAUGGCCUUUCCACGCAGCAGCUUUCUUUUGCUGGGGGGGUAACCUGAUUCCCAAGGCAACUGUUGCCAUUGCAAAACACUCAGCGAGUGCAGCGGCAUGCCAAGGUUUAAUCUCUAACUAGCACCAGUACGGUAAUUUGCUAUAUUUACAUUUGGAUUUAUGUUGCCAUUUAAUGCUUUGAUUUAACAGCAACUUUAAGAAGAAAUUUUCAUUGCACGUGAAGACUCCACUUUUCUGGUAUUAAACGCAAGAAACAGAGUGAACUACAAGAUGAAACUACGUAAGGAAAGAGAUUUAUUUUUUCUUUGCUGUCUAUUUUAGUGAUACUAAUAGUUUUUACAAGCAUGGGCUGUGAUUGUAUUUGUUUCUUCAUUACUGCAGCUUCCAUCUCUAUAGCUUCCACACCAGUCUGUAUCCCUCACAACACACCUCCUGUCCGGCAGAGUCGCUGCCUGAUGGUCACUCCCACGACAUUUCCCAUCAUCUCAGACUCUGCCCGGAUGUGGACAAGCAAUCAGACUAUUCCACGAUUGAACCCCUUGCAUCCACCUUUGAUCCACAAACGCACCGUCAGUUUGGAGACACCAGCUGUUCACCACCACAACCACCAGAGGACACUGAUCAUGCAGAGAAGAGAAAAUUACAGGUAUCAUCAAGUGUGGCGGAAACCUUUUUAUGGAACCGGCAGCGAGAGAGAAGAGUACAGAAAGGAGUUGCGAGAGCACUUAAAGAGGCAAAUAGAGGAGAAAUGUGCAGCACUGAAGCUGCAGCUGUCCGGCAAAGUGAAGGAAGCCGAGUAUCUCCGAGAAGUGGACCGCCUCGCCCUGUCCAGCGAAAGAGAGCAAAGGAUCCAGCACAGCAGAGCCAUGGCAGCAUACAGAGAUGAGAACAAGAGGCUAAUGGAGCAGAGCUGGAGGGAUAGAGCACUAACACGUUCCCAGGAGGUCCUGAAGGAGAGAGAACUGCUGCGCCUCAACCCCAUUAACUGGAGUGGAACACUGAAAUAGGCUGAAGCUCUUCAAGAAGUCAAAAUGUAAAACUCAGGCCUCAUAUGUAUGCAUGAAAAAUGACAGCUAAGAUUAUACAGUACAUGUAACUACUGAAUGAUCAUGAGUAUUUCUAGGGGGUGUUAAACUUAGAAGAAGCAAAUUAAGCUAUUGAGUAUUUUACUGAAACCUUAAAUAUUUCUGUUCUGCUUGCACAAAGGUUCACGUCACAGUACACAGUUAGCCCGGGACUCCUGUCACUGACUCCUUUGCAUGCCUUGUAAUUUAAAAUGCAAGUAGAACGUUUUCCCCAGUUGUGUCCACGUAAAGAGCAGAGAAAGCUUAACAAAAUCUAAUUAAAAAUUCAAAUCAAA